ACACGACCUCAGAACAAAACAGAUGUGAAGAAAGGAGAAAGCUUCUCCCUAGAAUGUGAAGCUUACUCCAAGCCAGAUCUACCUAUCAAAUAUAAAUGGUUUCACAAUGGAAAAGACUUGAGAAAAGCAAUCAAACAUUAAAUGUGACUUCAUCUCAACUACAAGACAGCGGAGAAUAUAAAUGUCGAGCGUUUGUCAAGACGAACAUUUACAAUACAGGAAAAUCUUCAACGGCCCUCGUCAUUGUAAACGGUCCUCCAGAUGCUCCACAAAAUUUAAACAUCAAUGGAGGAUGUCGAAACUUCACUGCUAAUCUUACUUGGACAUUAUAUCUCAACUCUUAUCACACUGUGGACAGAGUCUUCAUCCAGUGGAGUGUGAUGGAAAAUAUGACUAUGUGGUACAAUGUAACGGACAACAUGACUGUAAAUGGAAACCUAGAAGGUCGUAUCGUGAAGGGACUGAAUCCUUACACAGACAUAGUUUUUCGAGUGAUUGCUGAGAACGUUUAUGGAUUGAGCGAGCCAAGUAAUUACACAAAAGGACAAACGUGCAAAACCCCAGCUGAUAAGCCUUCCUUCUGUCCCAUUGAUGUUAAAGGAAGCUCAACGAAUCCUCGCAACAUCAGAGUAACUUGGAAGGACGUCCCUAAACUGCUUCAAAACGGCCCAGGAUUUGGUUAUAUAUUUCAAUACAGAAAACCUGGACGUCAAAUGUGGCUGGAAAAAGUUUUACCAUUUGGCAACGCCCCGGAGUUUACCAUCAACAGCACUUCUGCGUUAGAGUUGUGGGAAUUUCGCGUACUAACGUACAAUAGCGAAGGUGGAAGUGGUGAAUGUCCUACAGCGCAGGCGCGCUCGGAAAGUGACGCAAUAAUCAUCUUUACAACACGACCUCAGAACAAAACAGAUGUGAAGAAAGGAGAAAGCUUCUCCCUAGAAUGUGAAGCUUACUCCAAGCCAGAUCUACCUAUCAAAUAUAAAUGGUUUCACAAUGGAAAAGACUUGAGAAAAAGCAAUCAAACAUUAAAUGUGACUUCAUCUCAACUACAAAACAGCGGAGAAUAUAAAUGUCGAGCGUUUGUCAAGACGAAUAUUUACAAUACAGGAAAAACUUCAAAGGCCCUUGUGAUUGUAAACGGUCCUCCAGAUGCUCCACAAAAUUUAAACAUCAAUGGAGGAUGUCAAAACUUCACUGCUAAUCUUACUUGGACAUUAUAUCUCAACUCUUAUCACACUGUGGACAGAGUCUUCAUCCAGUGGAGUGUGAUGGAAAAUAUGACUAUGUGGUACAAUGUAACGGACAACAUGACUGUAAGUGGAAACCUAGAUGGUCGUAUCGUGAAGGGACUGAAUCCUUACACAGACAUAGUUUUUCGAGUCAUUGCUGAGAACGUUUAUGGAUUGAGCGAGCCAAGUAAUUACACAAAAGGACAACCGUGCAAAACCCCAGCUGAUAAACCGUCAGUUUGUCCUACUGGAGUCACUGCCUAUUCAGAAAUGGCGCAAACCCUUAAAAUUAAAUGGAAGGCAGUACCAAAGAUUUAUGAAAAUGGUCCAGGCUUUGGGUACAACGUGAGCUACCGAAUAACCGGAUCGAAGUGGAAACACAAAUUAGUUUAUGGAAAAGUGUACAUACUAAUGAACAUGAGCGUCGAUGAGCAGUGGGCAAUUCAAGUGCAAAGCAUAAAUGCGAAGGGAAAUGGUCCAGAGUGCCCUAUUAAAAGAUCAGCAAGCGAAGCACCUACGGUGGCCCCACAAUCGUUCAGGCAUAAGGAAAUUAGAUCCGACUACGUUUUGCUGGAAUGGGACCCAGUUCAUUACAGCCCGAUCGAGGGAUACAAGCUAACCUAUUGGUACGAAGACGGGAGUAAGACACGCGUAAAACGCGCGGUUAGUUCGUGUGUGGGAGAAAAGAACGCGUGCGUAACCUUUAUCAAAAACGUAAUGACGACCCAAUACAGACAGGGAGACUUGCAACCAUUUAAGAACUACACCAUGUACUUGCAAGCUUACAACCAAAUUGGCCCGGGACCAAAAAGUAAUCAUAUUAAAGUGUCCACACAGGAAGGAAAACCCGGAGUGGUACAUGACGUAAGCGUGACGUCAUACGGACGUUAUUUGCACGUGCAAUGGAAACCACCGAUCGAGGCUAACGGUAUUAUUGUUGGUUACCAACUAAGGAUCAAUAGCUCUAACUUUACAGUAGGAAGUCGUGUUCUCGAAUAUUUGUUCGACAAGUUACAGCCGAAGACAGAGUACGUUGUGUUUAUAACCGCAGAAACAAACGCAGGCUCAGGAGAAGCCGUUUCAACUUCUGCCCGCACGACAGACAUGAGAACUCCCGCAGUGGCACCUCCACCAAUAGUUGAAGCCAUCGACGAAGAUAGUGUCAAUGUCACCUACGUUCCAAGCUCAAAGGAAGGCGGAUACCCGGAAAAAUUCUACAUUGUUUAUAGAGAAAAAGAAGAUGAUGAAAACUUAAAGAAUACGGAGGCCAUCGAAAUCAAGAAAAAUGGACAAAAAUCGUUCAUCCAGAUUGAUGAUUUGGACGAUACCAAAGUUUACUUGUUUGCAACUGUUGUCACCAACGGUGACUUGAAAAGCAACUGGAGUGAUUUUGCUGAAGGACGCACAAUUUCCAUAAGAGAACUAAAGGGCAGCUCACCAAUAUACCGUGAAGUUUGGUUCUACAUCAUUCUUAUCCUCAUACUGCUGCUGUUGCUUCUCCUCCUACUGCUUUUGUACCUUCGACGAAAACCUAAACAGACAUACAAUGUGAGUGAUCGAGAAAGAAAGCGUAAAGUAUAUGAUACACUUGAAAUGGGGGAUGAACAAACUUUCACGGAACCUGAAGUGACCUUUGCACCUCCACAAAGACAAAAUGCAAGCAAUGCUACUGUUCCACAAUACGAAGACCCCUUAUUGAAAGACAAUGACAGUUUGGAGGAAUAUGGUGGUUCUGAUGACGACUUCUCCGAAACGGGCUCUUUUAUUGGUGAAUAUGGAAAGGAUAAGGGUAAAAGUAUGGAUAUCUCACAAUCCUCAUUUGUAUAACAGAGGAGAAAAUAUUUGGAAAAAUAUGUAUCACAAUCUAUUUUGGAAUGGAUAUAAAAUGAAUUGAAUUAAUGCAAUUGACUUCGUACUGGGAAACAUUGAAUGAACUAGUAAAGGGAUUAAAAAUAUACUUCAAGUUAAAAGAUAUCACAAAACAUUGAAAAGGAAAACAAAUUUUGUUAUGAAAUGGUCGAUUAUAAGCACAAAAAUUGAGCCAAUUAAGUUGAGCAGAUCAAGCUUCUGGAAAUUCUGGAUAUAAUUUAGAACUGCAGUGUUGUGAACGGAUGUAUUGAUGAUAAAUAAAGAAUUACAAGGAGUA